AUGUCACAGUCGCAUUCACAUUUUCUUGACAACAGUAAUAUUACGAGACAGAACUUAAAAAAUUGGUGGAAGCAUUUUACAGCAAAGACUGCAAAGAAGGGGCCUGAUGAUAAAGGAAAAGGAACGUGUGAACCCUCCGACGUCGAAUGGCAACCGUAUGGCUCACAGCCAGAAUGGAGCUAUUUCAAGAGUUUCGAGGUGUUUAUUUCUGGAAUUAGACCACAGUCGAUAUUCGGAACAGAUCUGACGCGCGCCAUUGAGUACGCAAGCGUUCCAAUAUGUAUGGCCGGUGCUGAUGGACGACAAUAUGUUUAUGGAUAUAUCCCUACUAUAGUUGCUAAAUGCGGGAUGUAUUUAAAGGAGAAAGCUACACCUACCGAAGGUAUAUUUAGACUUAGCGGAUCCGCGAAGAGAAUAAAAGAAUUGCAGGCAAUCUUUGAUUCACCUCCCUCCUAUGGCAAGACAUUGACCUGGUUGGGAUAUUCAGUCCAUGAUGCCGCUAACGUGCUAAGAAGAUAUCUGAACAAUCUACCUGACCCAGUGAUACCACAUCAAUGGUACGAACCGUUCAGACGCGUUCUAGUCAAUUAUCCGGACGCACACAGAAGAGUACUGGCAUAUCAGAAACUGAUUGCAAAAAUUCCGAAAGAGAAUCAGAACCUACUGCUCUAUAUUCUUGAUCUUCUCGCAGUAUUUUCAUCAAAGGCGGAUCAAAACCUGAUGCCGUCGAAGAAUCUGGCUUCCAUAUUCCAACCGGGUAUUCUUUCUCAUCCCGAUCAUGACAUGGCUCCUGAGCAGUACAAACUAUCGCAAGAAGUUGUAGAAUUUUUGAUAGAUUAUCAAAGCUAUUUUUUGAUAAAUGUUCCAUAUAGCAACAGCAACAGCAACAUAUCCUCUCCGCAAGCGCAGCCUUCUACUUCGGCAAUAGCAUCAACAUCAAGCGAAGUGCCACCGCCGCCACCACCGCCAAGACCAGUUAAUCAUGAGGGUAACACUCAAUCAUUAAUAGAACCCGCCGAUUUAAAUAAUCCACGACCUCCACCUAAGCUGUUAACUCGCCGUCCAUCGCUCAAUGGGGAUCGUACGACUGGUGACUCUAUAGCAAACCUAACUCGUUCAAAGUCUCUUGGAAGUCGUCCAUUACCUAAUAAAAAACAGCGAAGGAGACGAGAUGAAGAAUCAAAUGCGAACGGUGAAAUUGCAAGCGAUUUGAAGCGACAAGUUCGAGAAGUAAACCAAAUAAAUCCAACGAAAGUAAGGCCAUCCACGCAGGAACGGUCAUCAUUAAGUAGUCCAGCGAGCAGUCUAAAACCGGACAAAUCGGACAAAAAACCAUCGAAAUUACGAAAAAAGUCACUACACAAAGUGCAUCCGAAGUUGUCAAGACAAACACGAAUGUCAGCGUCUCAGGAUAAUGUCAGCGUUUCUUCAGAGAGUGCUCGACGAAAACAAGUACGAUCCAAUUCUGUUUCUGGGUCAUCUAAAUCCGGAGCACGGAAUGCGAUAAAAGCGCAGAAAUCAAAAAAUACCAAUUCGGAAUCGGGCGAUGAAGAGGAAGGAAAAGAAAACAGUUCAGCCUCAAGCAUUUCGAGAAAGUCUAAGCGACACGUAAGAUACGAUUUGGAAGUGGUGAGAGCAGUGGGGAAGAGAAACAGAUAG